AAGCAGCCCAACUGAAUCAGCAGGGUUUCAUCCACGUCUUCUUUCUUCUUGCUAUGCCUUUUCUAAAAAAACUUCACAUUUACUUUUCUCCUCUGUCUCCGUCCAUGGCCUGAUGGCCAUCGCUCCAUCAUCUUCUUCACCUCUCCAACCAUGGGCAGCGAGCAGGUCCGCGGUUCGCUGGCCGAUGGAGACGGCGCCGAGUGAGGAGCGGCUGCUGAAGGUGGUGUGCGCGUCCCCAGCGGAGCACUUCACGGAUACGCUUCAAGUCGAGCAUGGGAUCAGCUAGGUAACUAGGCAAUAGGCUGUGAGGCAACUGUGCCCAUCAAGUUUUCGACAGAAUGCCCCAACCAAACCAUGCAUAUGUACCGGCGUGCCAGGAAAUUACACCGGCAGGAAAGAGCCUAGUGCCUUCGCUUUGGUCUGCAAGCUUGCCUAUGAAAGAUGACAGGUUCAUGCCACCUGCGCAGCCUCGGUAAUGUACUUGCUUUUUCGUUAUAUUUUCCUCUUCAUUGGUUUCAUCAGUUUCCUUGUUUCAUUUGUUUGUUGACUUGUGGUAAACAACAGCCAUCUAGGUGACAACAUUAAAUUAGUAUAUGCCCCAUCAUGAACCUUUGCCUUUAUCUUACAUUACUUAGUCAUUAACGGGUAUAUUCUGGGAUACUCGAGGCCACAUCAGCUAGAAAAUGAUGGCACGGUUGUAAAUUGCAGCCAUGGACAUCAGAAGAUACUUCACAAGUAAGCUAUGGAUUGUUUUGGUGGUGCGUCUUCUUCCGGGAAUAAAAGAUUCCAUUUCUGAGGUCCUGAACCAGUUAUGAGUGGAACUAAGUGGUGUAUUACUGUUGGACAAUUUGUUUGGCACUUUUUUUGGGGGAGUCGUCAUUGACGCACUCAAAGUCCUGCAACUCAUUUUCAUUCUUAAAUCAAAGAGUUGGCAGCUAGCCAAAGAUAGAAUCCUUUUGUUCCCCCAUAACACAGUCAUCGUUUUGUGUUCCCAUAACACAGUCAUUACCUCAUAUCCAUCCUUCAAGCAAAAGAAAUUCUAAUAGCUCCAUCUAGGCAAGGCAACCAUGUUAGAGGGUGUAAUCUGGUUGCUAAUCCUGAAGCUUGGGGAUGCCCUGGCAAAUGAAGCAGUAGAAUUAGGGUCAUCAUUUAUUAUUUAUGAAGCAUCUGCUCUGCGAGGCCUAUUUGGUGAAAUACGGAAGAUGAAGGAGGAGCUGGAAAGCAUGCAGGCCUUCUUCCGAACUGCCGAGCGGUUCAAGGAUACAGGUGAGACAACUGUUGCAUUUGUGAAGCAAAUCAGGGGUCUUGCAUUCAAUAUCGAGGAUGUUAUUGAUGAGUUCACGUACAAGUUGGGGGAAGAUCGUGAGGGGAUGUUUCUGUUUAAAGCAAUUAGGAGGGUCAGGCAAAUCAAGACUUGGUAUCGGCUAGCCAACAACCUGCGUGAUAUCAAAGCUAGUCUCAAGAGUGCUGCAGAGAGAAGGCGCAGAUAUGACCUGAAGGGUGUUGAAAGGUACGCACAAUUGACAAGGGUAGGCAGCUCAAAUAGAAGAUCUGGAGAAUCUGUACACUUUAAAAGGGCAGAUGAUCUUGUGGGGAUUGCAGAGAAUAGAGACUUGCUGAUGAAAUGGAUGAAAGAUGAGGAACAGCGACACAUGAUAAUCACUGUUUGGGGCAUGGGAGGUGUGGGUAAGACAACACUUGCUGCUCAUGUCUACAACGCCAUCAAGACCGACUUUGACACUUGUGCUUGGAUCACUGUGUCUCAUAACUAUGAAGCUGAUGAUUUGCUAAAACAAACAGUUGAAGAGUUCCGGAAGAAUGACAGGAAGAAGGAAUUUCCAAAGGACAUUGAUGUCACAGAUUACAGAAGUUUAGUGGAGACAAUCCGUUGUUAUCUGGAGAAGAAAAAGUAUGUUCUUGUUUUCGAUGAUGUUUGGAGUGUGAAUGCUUGGUUUGACAGCAAAGAUGCAUUUUUUGUUGGCAAACUUGGUCGGAUAAUUUUCACAUCGAGAAUAUAUGAGGUUGCACUACUCGCUUCUGAAGCCCAAAUGAUUAACUUGCAACCCUUGAAAAAUCACUAUGCAUGGGAUCUGUUUUGUAAAGAGGCAUUUUGGAAGAAUGAGAAUAGCGAUUGUCCACCAGAACUGAAGCAUUGGGCCCAAAAGUUUGUAGAGAAAUGCAAUGGCUUGCCUAUUGCUAUUGUGUGCAUUGGGCGCCUCCUGUCAUUCAAGAGUCCAACUCUUUUGGAGUGGGAGAAUGUAUAUAAAACUCUUGAGGUGCAAUUUACAAACAAUUGCAUCCUGGAUAUGAACAUAAUCUUGAAGGUUAGUUUGGAAGACUUGCCACACAACAUGAAAAACUGCUUUCUUUACUGCUGCAUGUUCCCAGAGAAUUAUGUGAUGCAAAGGAAGUGGCUAGUGCGGCUUUGGGUGGCAGAAGGAUUUAUUGAAGCAAGUGAGCAUAAGACAUUGGAGGAGGUGGCAGAAGAUUACUUGACUGAACUCAUCAAUCGAUGUUUGUUGGUGGAAGUGAAGAGGAAUGAAUCAGGAUAUGUUGAUGAUUUCCAGAUGCAUGACAUCCUUCGCGUAUUAGCCCUCUCUAAGGCGCGAGAAGAGAAUUUUUGCAUUGUUCUUGAUUACUCAAGGACUCAUCUUACUGGUAAAGCACGUCGGUUAUCAAUUCAAAGAGGGGAUAUUGCACACCUUGCAGAAUCUGUGCCACAUCUCCGCUCCUUGCUUGUUUUCCAAAAUUCUCUAACUUUUGGAUCACUUCGAUCAUUCUCAAGAUCUGUUAACUUAAUGUCCGUUUUGAAUCUACAAGAUAGUUCAAUUGAGAGUCUUCCAAAUGAGGUGUUUGACUUGUUCAAUCUCCGCUAUCUGGGCCUUAGACGAACUAAAAUUGCAAAUAUCUCACGGUCGAUUGGAAGGCUACAAAAUUUGCUUGUAUUGGACGCUUGGAAAAGCAAGAUAACCAACCUACCAGUGGAAAUUACAAGGCUCUCUAAGUUGACGCAUCUUAUUGUCACUGUGAAACCAUUGAUACCAUCAAUGCAGUUUGUUCCUUCUAUUGGUGUACCUGCACCUAUUGGUAUGUGGUCUUUGGCUAGUUUGCAGACAUUAUUACUGGUGGAAGCUAGUUCUGAAAUGGUUCGUUACCUAGGUUCUCUGGUUCUUUUGAGAUCAUUUCACAUCAGUAAAGUGCAGGGACGCCAUUGUGAAAAGUUAUUUGUGGCUAUUACCAAUAUGGUUCAUCUUACACGUCUUGGGAUCCAUGCAAAUGAUGACCAGGAAGUUCUGCAACUCUAUGCACUCAGUCCACCUCCAUUACUUCAGAAGCUUUUCUUGCUAGGGACUUUAGCUGAAGAAUCCUUACCUCGGUUUUUCAUGUCGAUUAGUAAACUAAAAAGCCUCACUAUUCUACGACUUGUCUGCUCAAAACUUCAGGAAGAUAUGUUUUGUUAUCUUGAGGAACUACAACAGUUGGUAAAGCUUCAACUUUAUGAUGCAUUUGAUGGCAACAAGAUGUACUUCCGAGCAACGUCAUUUCCAAAGCUCCGAGUACUGAAAAUUUGGGGAGCUCCACAUCUCAGUCAGAUGAAUAUAGAAAGAGGGGCAAUGUCCAGCUUGGCUGAUUUGAAGCUCCUACUCUGUCCGAAGUUGAAGUUGUUGCCUGGUGGCGUUGAACAUCUGAGCACCCUUGAAGAGCUAACUUUGGAUUCUACUGCAGAAGAGCUUGUGGGCAGGGUUCGGCGGAAGAAAGAGGGAAACAUAUCUCAUGUCCAGAGAGUUUAUAUUGGUUUCGUCAGAAACGGUGAGCUGGCUGCGGAGAGGAUUCAAUAAAUGCAUCUCCAUCUAGACUGUUACUCUCUUUUUUUUCUAUAUAGUGAAAUCAUCUAAUGUACUCAGUAGCAUGGAACCUUCUGUUUCUAUCCACUAUAUGGUUUGUUUUCUGCAAGUUGAAGUCUUCUUGUAUUCACGUUGUGUUCUUCUAUAUCCACUAUAGUACCUCAAAUAAGUAAGGACCAUUUAUCCCUUCCAAUCCAAGGGUUGCAAAUUACUUGUAAUCCAGCAAAAUCGUUUGGGAGUAAUUGGCCAACACAAACUAUGCAGUUACUUA